CAGGAAAUUAAGCUCAGUUAAAACGCAGAAGACAAGACAAGAGCAAAAGCAUGUUCUCCGCAGCUCCAACAAGAACAGGGAACAAUUGGAACCGACCAAAUGGGAGUCUAGACUCCGUUGGAGACGCUAUGCACAGUCCAAGCAAGAUGGAGCACAGAGGAAUGGCAGCUUGUGGAGUGUACAGGUUGGGUUUGCUGUGUUUAGGAGUGAUGUGCAUCCUGCAAGCCUCGCUCAAUAUCACCCUGCGCCUCUUCUCCGAUGCUGCAAAACCUGAUGCCAAUGUAACCUGUGGAGAUGAUCAACUUGGGACCAGCCUGAGCCGUCUGACACAGUUAGAGUCCAGCUACGUCCAGCUGCAGGAUCAGUUCAACCGGCUACGUGCACAGAUGCAAAGCUGCGAUGAAGACCUGCAAAGAAAAACACAGAGGGUACAAAAGACCUGCCCAGAUGGGUGGACGAAGAGAGGCACCAGUAUGUACUACAUCGGGAGGGAAGGAGGGAAGAACUGGCUCCAGAGCAGACAGGACUGCAGAGAGAGAGGGUCAGACUUGGUGAUCAUCAACAGCCAUGAGGAACAGAGAUUCAUACAAGAGCUGAACUUGCAGGUGUGGAUUGGCCUGAGUGAGAGUCAAUCCACAUGGACCUGGGUGGAUGGGAGCUCACCUUCAUCAGAGUACUGGAUAAAUGGAGAGCCUAAUGAGUAUCGGACUGGAGAGGACUGUGCAGAGAGCAAGCCAAACUACGAACCUCCGAACUCCUGGAAUGACGAGAGGUGCAGCACUGUUCUGAACUGGGUCUGUGAGCGAGAGGCCUGUUAAAACCAACACACUUGACAUUUCUAUCAACCUCCAUGACUUUCAGUUGUUGAUUUAUUGUCUUAAAUUUUUACCCAGUUUAGUCGUAUCUAAUUCCACCCAUUAAAUAAGACUCUCCCUAAUCACACGAUACCACCAGCACUAGGAGGGCGAAGGCUAGCACAGGCUUCCUCCGAGACCUGUGAAGCACCACCGUAUUUUUCAAACUGGCGCAACGUCACUGGACAGCUGAACGAGCUGGGAGGAAAGUGCCAAAACCAGGUUUGUUACUUCAGCUGGGCUUGGCUGACUAGCAUUGCGUUGGGUGAUAGGGGGAGAUGGGGGCCUUCCUACCCACCCAGAGAUCUAGGCCAGUUGUGCUCUCUUGGACUCCCAGCCAUGGACGGCAAACUUGGAAUUUGACCAAAGAUGCUCAAUACCUGGCCAAUUCAGAUUUCUUUAUCUUUUGUUUUGUGCCACCAACAUUUCUGAAAAGAUAUAAAAGUCAUGUGAGAAGUAUUAACUGAGAGGUCUUAACUCCUAAUUAAAAAAAAUGACAGAACCAAUCAUUAUUAUAUUUUUAUGGUCCAGAUUUCAGACACAGCUGACUGGGAACAACCAAAAUCUUUCACAACAUUCCGUGAUGAUUUACCUUCAUGAAGAAGUUUUAUAAUUCUCUCCUUUGUUUCUACUGACAUUCGUGUUGGAGCCGUGAUUCAUGUCUAUCAAAGGCUCUCCAAGCUGUGAGCACUCUUUUUAACUGAAGACUAAUUAGCAGAUUUAAUCUGACGCAGGUGUUUGUGUUACAACCACAAUUUACGUAUUUUCCUCAGAAUUUACUGAUUCCAUAUUUUAUUCCUCUACUUGAUCUACAAACACAACUGUGACUGACUACAACAAUUAUUUAUUUAUUUUUUUUUUUCUCUCUACAAAAUUAAACAAUUGAAAGAUUUUCGUCAAUAAUUUUUGCCAGGGGUUGUAUUCUUUGGAUUUAGUCGCUUGAAAU